AUGGAACUUCCCGACACCUACUACAGCAAGGAUGAAUACGCUUCUGGAAAUAAGGUGAGCCGGCACACAGUGCUCUGUGGCUCCCAGAACAUCGUCCUCAAUGGCAAAGUGAUCGUCCAAAGCGGAGCUAUUAUUCGCGGGGAUCUGGCCAAUGUGCGAGCAGGGAGGUACUGCGUGAUUAGCAAGGACUCUGUCAUCCGGCCGCCUUACAAACAGUUUAGCAAAGGCAUCGCCUUCUUUCCAAUGCACAUAGGCGAUCAUGUCUUCAUUGGUGAAGGCGCCGUCGUCUCGGCGGCAACAAUAGGUUCCUGUGUCUACAUUGGAAAGAAUGCUAUCAUUGGCCGCCGAUGCACUCUUAAAGAUUGCUGUGUGAUUGAAGACGGCGCCGUGCUGCCACCAGAAACCACAGUGUCCAGUUACAUGCGCUACACUAAAAAAGGCACCAUUGAAGGCGGUCAGGGAAAUCCUUACUUUGUGCCUGCAGCCAUGCAGGAGGAGAUGGUCAACUACACAAAGUCAUUCUACGAGCAUUUCGUUCGCACCCCUGCUCCGGCCAGCUGAAAAUAAUAGUUUUUUAAUGCAAGUUCCGGUUUUAAAGUAAAGUUGGACUCUUGGCUUGAAAAGUUGGCUCCACAAGGGAAUACUGAAACUGCUUAAUUUUAUACAUUAUUUAUGAGAUAAAUAUAUAAGUAUUCUACAAUUAA